CUUAGGAGUACAUCAAUCUGAACAGCUUCUACCUUUAUCCAGCCUGUACUGGUACCCGUCAAUAUGCCUUUGGUUGCGCAGAAUCUCAAGCCGCGGGUGAUCCUCGGUCUGAUGACCUUUGGACCAGACGUGUCCACCGGUGCCAGAAUCACGUCCUUGGACGAAUUCAACAAGUGCCUUGACUAUUUCCAGGAACAGGGAUACAACGAGGUUGAUACAGCCCGACUCUACAUUGGCGGUGCCCAGGAGAACUUCACAGCACAGGCGAAAUGGAGGGAGCGUGGCCUCACUUUGGCUACGAAAGUGUACCCCACAGCUCCGGGCGUCCAUAAACCAGCUGUCUUGCGAGAGAAGUUCGAGACGUCGUUGAAGGAACUGCAGACUGACCAAGUUGAUAUCUUUUAUCUUCAUGCUGCAGACCGGUCGGUGCCGUUUGCAGAGACCCUGGAGGCUGUCAACGAGCUGCAUAAGGAGGGGAAAUUUGUGGAACUUGGUCUGAGCAAUUUUACCGCAUUUGAGGUCGCUGAGAUCGUCACAUUGUGUCAUGAGAGGGGCUGGGUUCGUCCGACCAUCUACCAGGGCAUGUACAAUGCCAUCACACGUUCAAUCGAGACGGAACUCAUACCCGCCUGCAAACGUUACGGUAUUGACAUUGUGGUCUACAAUCCUCUCGCCGGGGGUAUUCUCUCAGGCAAAUACAAAACGAAGGACGUCCCCACGGAGGGUAGGUACAGUGAUAAUGCCCGCAGUGGAGAGAUGUACCGGAAGCGUUACUUCAAAGAUGCAACAUUCGACGCCCUCCGUAUCCUUGAGCCCGUUGUUGAGAAACACGGUCUGACGUUAGUGGAGACGGCACUGCGCUGGGUCCACCAUCACUCAGCGCUGAAUAUGAAGGACGGCGGACGUGACGGAGUCAUCAUCGGUGUGAGCAGUUUUUCUCAGCUGCAGAGCAACCUGCGAGACAUAGAGAAGGGACCUCUGCCUGAGGAAGUGGUAAAAGCACUCGACGAAGCGUGGCUGGUCGCGAAGCCGACGACUGCACCUUACUGGCACUUGGAGCUUAAAUACACGUAUGACACUCAGGAGGCGCUGUUCAAGCCGAAGGCCUAGGGGUUUGAAGAGGAUGUACAUGAGAUGUAUAAUAUAUAUAUACAAAGCUAGUACAACGGCGAUAGACUAUACUCUUAUAAGCCACAAGGCAUGAUAUAUGCAGGCGAAUGAAUGGCCUGGGGUUUGCCUUUGAUAGCAGUUUGUUGGAGCAUACUCCUACCAGUUUAUGAGCUGGGGCUUGCGCAGCGGGAAACCACCCUUCUCAAGGAGCAGCAUAAGAUUCUACCGUCCAUGGAGAUGGAGAUCUC